AUGACCUGGCACCCGUUCAAAUACACGCCGGUGAGCGACAACAGCGUGCUGGGCAAGUUUGACCUGCUCAUCAAGCGGUACGACGGUGGCGCCGUCUCGCAGUACCUGCACGCGCUGCCGAUCGGUGCCGAGGUGAGCUUCAAGCACAUCAAAUUCAACAUCAAGGCCCAGUACCCGUUCGCAGGCAAGACGACGUUCACGCUCAUCGCCGCGGGCACGGGCAUCGCGCCCAUGUACCAGGCGCUGUGGAAGCUGAUGGGCACCGAGGGCGACAACCGGAAGGUGACGCUCAUCUAUGGAAACAAGAGCCCCGAGGACAUCCUGCUCAAGGAGGAGCUCGACGGCUGGGCAAGCAGGUCUGCGGGCCGGCUCAAGAUCGUGCACGUCGUCGGCAACCAGCCCGACGACCCGGCGCCUCCCGGCUGGGCCGACACGCCAACGUACACGGCCGAGACGGGGUGGGUCGACGAGGCCAAGCUCAAAAAGCACGCCUUCCCGCCUGCGGAGGACACGCUCGUCUUCGUGUGCGGGCUGCCGGGCAUGUACGCCGCGCUGUGCGGGCCGCGCAACGAGAAGGAGCUGAAGGACGGCUCCACGCUGCAAAAGCUGGGCUACACCGCUGACAUGGUCGCUAAGAUGUGA